CGGCGCAGCUCACGUGAGUGGUUGAGGCCUCGUCAGAGAGCCGAGGCCCCGCCGCGGUCGUCCCAUCUCUUACGGCCACUAACCCGGGAAGAAACAAACAGCGAGCCUCUUGUAACGGAGCAUCCCUCUCUAAAGGAGGCUGUUUCGAAGACAUCCUCUUCCUCCUGGUAUCUCUUUAAGAAGACUCCUUGGCCUCUCUAUAUCUCUAAUCUAUCUGAUACCGACCCCAUUUCGAUCUCUUGGGUCUUAAUCUUGGUUGGGAAAUGGCCGCGAGAUCGGGGGGGCUCGCCGCGGCCCCCUUCGAUCUCGGCUUUGGGAGGAUCCGCCUCCCGCCGCUGCUCUGGAUGCCCUCCUGUGCGCGAGCCGGCGCCGGCCGAGGAGGGGUAGGGAGAGUGGUCAGGUGCUGCUGCCCGGCGGAGAAGGCGGAGGACUGCUGGCUCGAGCCCAAGAAGAAGGUCGGCACGCGUAGAGCUCGGGCGGAGGCCUUGCCGUCUCUCCCCUUCCCUUCCACACGCUCCAAAAGGCUCUCCAAGCAGCAAGAUUUCUCCUCUCGCUGCAGUCCCAAAAGUUCUGCUCCCGAGUCUCGUGAUACUCCCCCCAAGAGAGACACUGGUAUUGCAAGUGAGAAAGAAUGGGGCAUCAACUUACUGGAUGAAAUGGUCAAUGAGUUUGGCACAAAUGAAGAUGGAAGUACAUGGUACCGGGAAGAUGGAGAAGAACUCGGCGAUAAUGGAUACAGAUGUCGUUGGGCUAGAAUGGGUGGUAAAUCUCAUGAUGGCUCUUCAGAAUGGAAAGAAACUUGGUGGGAAAAGAGUGAUUGGACCGGAUACAAAGAACUAGGUGCAGAGAAAUCUGGGAAAAACGCUGAUGGAGAUUCAUGGUGGGAAACAUGGAAAGAAGUACUGUACCAAGAUGAAUGGAGUAAUCUUGCAAGGAUUGAGAGGAGCGCACAGAAACAAGCAAAAUCAGGCACAGAAAAUGCUGGGUGGUAUGAGAAAUGGUGGGAAAAGUAUGAUGCAAAAGGUUGGACAGAGAAGGGAGCUCAUAAAUAUGGAAGGCUAAAUGAACAAUCCUGGUGGGAGAAGUGGGGUGAACACUAUGAUGGAAGAGGAUUUGUACUUAAAUGGACCGAUAAAUGGGCAGAGACUGAGUUAGGUACCAGAUGGGGGGAUAAAUGGGAAGAAAAGUUUUUCGCUGGAAUAGGUUCACGACAAGGGGAGACAUGGCAUGUAUCUCCUACUGGUGAACGUUGGUCAAGAACCUGGGGUGAAGAGCACUUGGGAAAUGGAAAAGUACACAAGUAUGGUAAAAGCACGACCGGAGAAAGCUGGGAUAUCGUUGUGGAUGAAGAAACCUAUUAUGAAGCUGAGCCUCACUACGGUUGGGCGGAUGUUGUGGGUGAUUCCACCCAAUUGUUAUCGAUACAACCUCAGGAAAGGCCACCAGGUGUAUACCCAAAUCUUGAUUUUGGUACAUCAGAACCAAGGAAAGAUGAUCCACCAGUUGAACCUCUUAAGUAGUGUUUAGUUUGCGGUAGUAGGCAGUCCUAUUUUUUUUUACUAAAUCUGGUUUUUGUGCUAAAGGACAUCCUGAAAUGAUUUAUCGAACCUAAUUCUUCUCUUCAUUUAUUCAUUUGUUCUCGUGUUUU